GUAUUUCUUUCUUUACCUCGUUUGCAGCACCCAGCUCCAAACGGUUGGCCAACGGCACGCCGCGGUGGUGCGAACGAGCGAGCGGUAAUGAAGUGAGCAGCGGGCGGGCGUUUGGCAGUCUUUCACUUUGCUCUUCUUGCCAUCAGCUGCAACCACAAUCGGCAGCGCUGCCAUUGCCGCAUCGGCUUUCCUUCUCAGCAACCACGCCAGACACUACAACGCCCUUCCUUCGAUUCUCACCUGCGCGCGCGACGCAUCUUCGAGCAACCCUUCUUGCAGCUGCCCUCCCUCAACACCACCGCUUGGCAGCCAUAUCAGCUCAUCUGCCCACGAAGGUCCAGGGUCGCUGUACAUAGAUCGUCUAUAGCGUGAUCUUCACGACUCUCACGCCGCAGAAGUUUGUCACACACACGUCUCCGCCCGACCUCUGAGGGUCUGGGCGUGUAGUGCAUAACAUAUGGCGGGACCACAACUGGUGCAGAAAUUGGAGGAGCUCGCGCAGGAUGAGGAAUUGCACUGGUUCUGCCCACGAGGCCCGGGUCGAGAGGAAGUCUACUGUUUCGAUGAAGACGUCGACGCCGAGGAAGAGUCAAAAGAGGCCAGGCAGGCGCGGCAUGAGCUCGUCAGAGAGGCACACGAGCGACGAGACAAGGCACUAGAAGUGUGCAUCAUCCUGGCCUUUGACGGCUCUGAUGCUGUGGCAUAUCAAGAGAAGCUUAAGGCGAGCUUACAGAUACAGCUCACUCGAUGUGACAUUUGUGUCCGCGAGUACCAUCGUGGCCGUCGCUUGCUCCGCAAUCAAUUGGAAGCUGAGUAUCCUCCGGACGAUGUGCUGGUCUUCAUGCAGACAUUCGACUCCAUGAACGAGGCCCGAAUUACGGCUGGCCUGAAUGUCAUGACCGAAAGCCUUGCCGUACUGCCUGAAGAGAAGCGCAAGAUCAAUGCCGCUGGUGACGUGGGGAUGUUCGCCCUGUUCGAGUCAUUACACUGCAUCCCGUUCCUCAGGAGUGAGGACGUACUGCAACGAUCUUUCGAUCCCGCUUUCACACUCGUACUGGGGAAGAAGAAAAAGCUGUUUCUGCCCAAUUUCGCACCUGGAAUGGCCGCCUUUCUUUACAAUGGGAACCAGGAUCGACAAGCCUGGGCGGAGCGCAACAUGAUUAGGAAUGGUGCGAAGCGCAAGAUGUUCAGUCAGGAGUUCGACUUCGCUGUCAGGCCAUGGCUUGAGCCCGCCAUGAACAGAGUGCAGCUCAUUGGCAUAGAGGCUACGUUUCUGCCCCGAUUUUGGAAGGCCACGCGACUGCUACUGGCGCAGAUGGAUGAGUCGACCAUGACUACGAAUCUGCGGGCAAUGGACAUCAACUUGUUUCAAUUGGCACUUGACCACUUUCAGCUGGAUCACCCGCACUUUGCAGAUCUUCUUGCAAGUGUACAUACCAUGCUAGAAACUUGCGGCUCAAGAUUUUGGGAUGCUGUUGGAGCAAUGACACCGCAGUAUGUUGCGGAGCAGAUCUUCAAAUCACCAAGACUCAAGUCUCUUCUUCAAAUCACGAACGAAACGGAACCUCUACGCCUGGAAGAAAAGAUGGCGUGGGUGGACGUCUUCAUUCGCAGCGUCAAGCCAGCCAACCUCGUCACGCCGCUUCGCACAGUCUUGGACCAGCUCUUGAGGCGGUUGCAGGAAGACCCAUAUUCCAAGUAUGCAAGCAAUGUGUCGUGGGAGAAGGGUCUGGAGUGCCUGCUCCUAGCUAUUCGACUGAUAACGUCAUCCGUGGACGGCGGACCCGUAUACACACACCUGAUCGAGACUGUGUCCAACGAUCACCUCAAUGCAAUCUUGAAAGAGUUGAGCGGGAUUGAAAAGAAAGGAGAACUGCAAGUCUCAAAAACCGAGCAAUUGGACCUCGAAAUCAUCUCAAAGGUGCUUGAUAUGGAGGUGAAGAGCAUGAGUCGCGACCGCCGCUACAUUCUUCAACACAACGAGAUCGAUCACAUCGUUGGUAGCGAAAGCAGGAACCUUUGGAGGAAAACUACGCAGCAUAUCAAGGCCGGGAGUGGCGCUCUGCCUGCUGCUAUUCUCUCCGGCAUCAAGGGUCUAGUGCAAUUGGAGCCUUUUCCAACCAAGCGACCCGGAGACCUUUGUGCUGCAAAGACUAAAUGGAACGAGACCUUCAACACCACGCGAGACAAUGUUGUUGCCCACUUGAUAGCUCGCCUUGAUCUCUUCAGCGGCGAUCAAUUGUCCGAACUGUAUCUUGACCCUGCGGCCGCUCGAGGUCUUAUGGCUCUGCUUUUCAGCGGAGACGAUCAAGUGCACCAGGGCUCAUUGGCCAUCCUCAAAACGCUCACAAGUGAAGACAGCAGAUUGGAUUGUUUCAAGCAUGUCACAUCGAUAUACUUCAACACCACACUGGAGUCUGUAUCAGAGUGCUUGCUCUCCAUUGCGAAAGCCAAAAUCUUUAGCCCGUGUGCGAUCUUGAUGAGAGUCAGCCGCGAUAUCUUGGACUGCCUCUGUGAUUCACAGGAUGGCAUCCUUCGGAAGAAAGAUUCGACAACCGAGCAGGAGCAGAAAUCGCUUCGAAAAUUCUGGGUGGCGAUUUGGGCGGCAAUUUCCACCAUUUUCGAGAAGACCGAAGCCUGGAGUGCGCUCCAAGAGAAACGCAUGAUGAUGGAUUUCUGCCGCGACAUAAUGGACUUCGCAGAACAUGCUUUUGACCAGUAUGCAAUCUUUGCUGCCAAACUGGACUCUGAACAACGCUCGCAGCUUUUACAGCAGCCUAGGCAGACUUUCCACAACAUGAUCAAAUAUCUGCGUCUCAGAGAUGACUGGUUGAUUGACAAGUCUGUCGCCCUCACCUGCAGUAUUCUGCAGCGCUUACGAGAUGCCAAUAUUCAAGCAAGGGAAGAGUCUCUCGAACACCUUGUCGAGAUACUGCAGGGCAAAGUCAAGAACAAGCUGUCUACGAAACACAAAGCAGAGCUGCAGCGAGCCUCAGAGCAUCAUACCGACGAGCCCCUUUUUGGCGAAGAGGACGUCGCAGAAGUCUCUAAGCAGAAGAGACAGAGCUCUUUGCAAGGUUGGGCCAAAUCUGGACCCGUUUCUGGAUCGUCUACGCCAACUCACCCCGGCAAGCCCACCAAGCAUGGCAUUGACCUGGAGGCUUGGGCGAGCAGAGCCGCAGCGCAGAAGAGCCAAGCGAAGGAGCACAUGAAAAAGCAACCCCUCGGUGUCAAAGAGAAGAUGCUAGCCCAGAGUAAAGUCGGAGUCGUUGACCAGGCCAACUUCUUAGCUAAGCGUAAGGCUACCUUGGCUGAGCAACAGAGGCAGAAAGAGCUAGCGCUUGCAAAGGCAAAAGGAAACGGUGCAGGAAGUGGAGUUAUUGGACUUGGCAACUAUGCUGCUGAUCAUGACAGCAAAGGACAGACAAUCAUGGUGGAUUCGGAUGAAGAAGAUAGCGACGAUGAAGAUCUCGAUGACGACCUAUUCGGCACUUCUGCCAAACCGAAGAAGCAGGUACGGCCAGCGCUCGACGUUAGCGGCACAUCGGGCCUCAAGCCAGAAGUGAAGAGCGGUCCCACCAAGAUCGCGCGCACGAACCGAUCCCUCAAGGAUAUGCGCGCACGAUUGAAGCCCGAUCUUGGUCCACUGCAUCGCCUGAUGCUAGCGUGGGACUUUUUCCACACUGGUGACUACCCUCCUGGAUCGAAUGAACAUGAAUUCUCACAUGUCGAGAACUCGUUCCGAGAUCCUUCGUCCUACCAACGAACAUUCGAGCCCUUGCUGAUUUUGGAAGCUUGGCAAGGCAUGGUGAAGGCACGGGAGGAACUGAGAGACACCACCAAGCCCUACGAGAUCAAGGUUCAGAACCGAAGCAACGUGGAUCAGUUCAUCGAAGUCAGCAGCGUGAUUGGGCACCAGGAGAAUAGAGAUCUGCAGCUAGGAGAAGGCGACAUCAUUCUCUUCUCUAAGAGCAAGAAACCGGCGGCCGAUGAGGAUGAGCCACAUUGUCUGGCUCGGGUGUAUCGUGUCAAGCGUCAGAAGGCUCAUCUGGAAAUCGUCUACCAGAUCAUGCCCGGUUCCUCCCUUGCUAGUCAGCUAACAAUGCAAGCCAUUGUUUACGGCCUCAAGCUGCAGUCAAUAACACCGCUCGAGCGCGAAUACGGUGCUUUGAAGGGCCUGUUGUACUACGAUCUCUGCAACCAGAUAAUCCGCGCCAAACCUUCGCAAAAGAUCAAUUUUAGCGAGCGGCAGGUUGGUGCCUUCCAGGAUGUCUACGAUCUGAACCGUGCACAAUCCGAGGCCGUCAAUGGCGCGCUCGAAAAUGAAGGCUUCUCGCUCAUUCAAGGUCCACCGGGCUCUGGCAAGACGAAAACCAUCGUUGCAAUUGUUGGAGGGCUGCUCACUCCGGCUCUGAAGAACGCUCCUCGCGGUGCUCACAAGAUCACCUUGCCUGCUUUGAACGGCCAUGCUGGUAGCGGUACCGAUGCUCCAGCAAAGAAAUUGCUGGUGUGCGCGCCGAGUAAUGCGGCAGUGGACGAACUUGUCCUGCGUCUCAUGAAAGGCGUAAAGACCAAAGAUGGUGAACACCACGAUAUCAAAGUUGUCCGUAUCGGACGUAGUGAGGCCAUCAGCGCGCAAGUGGCCGAUGUCACAAUGGAGACGCUUGUGCAACAGAAGAUUGGCGGGGCCAACGGCCCCGAUGACAAGCAGCGGAAGCUGAACGCCAAUCUGUUCAAGGAGCACAGUGAGGUCUCAGCACAGUUGCGCGAUCUAUACCAGCAGCGUGACUCGGAAGAAGAGAUGCGAAAGCUGGAACCACCGCAGCGCAAGGAGCUCGAGGACACCAUUAUUCACGUUCGGAAACGCAAAGCUGAGCUAGGCCAACGCAUAGACUCAGUGAAGGACAACGAGAAGAGCGCAGGACGUGAGCAAGAGUUGAACCGAAAGAGAGCACAACAGGCCGUCUUAGAUGAGGCACAUGUCAUCUGUGCCACCCUUAGCGGCUCUGGUCAUGACAUGUUCUCUGGCCUAAGCAUUGAAUUCGAAACGGUCAUCAUCGACGAGGCUGCUCAAUGUGUUGAGAUGAGCUCACUCAUUCCUCUGAAGUACGGUUGCGUGAAGUGCGUCAUGGUGGGAGACCCAAAGCAGUUGCCACCAACCGUGUUUUCGAAAGAAGCUGCCAAAUUCCAGUACGAGCAAUCUCUCUUUGUGCGCAUGCAGAACAACCAUCCGGGCGAAGUGCAUCUUCUCGACACACAGUAUCGAAUGCACCCAGACAUUUCGGUCUUUCCAAGCAAGACGUUUUACGAUGGCUUGCUCAAGGAUGGUCCAAGUAUGGCUGGACUCCGCAAGCAACCCUGGCAUGCCAGCUCCCUGCUCGCGCCGUACAGAUUCUUCGAUGUGGCAGGUCAACACGCUUCUGCCCCGAGAGGAAACUCGCUCGUCAACAUGGCGGAGAUUGAGAUCGCGCUUUUGCUAUACAGUAGACUGCGGACCGAUUUUCCCAACUAUGACUUUACAGGCAAGAUCGGCAUCAUUGUCACCUACAAAGCCCAGCUGAGGGAGAUGAAGAAUGCAUUCAUCAACAAGUUUGGGCAAGACAUUGCUGACUUCAUCGAGUUCAACACCACCGAUGCCUUCCAGGGACGUGAGAGCGAGAUCAUCAUGUUUUCAUGUGUUCGCGCUAGCCCAGCUGGUACGAUUGGAUUUCUUCAAGACAUCCGACGUAUGAACGUUGGUCUCACACGAGCAAAGUCGAGUCUGUGGGUACUAGGAAAUGCAAACACGUUGUCAUCGGGAAGAUACUGGAAGAAGCUGGUGGAUGACGCGCGAGACCGCAAUAAUUACACGACAGGAGACCUCAAGAAGCUGCUUGGUCAGAGCAGUAAGAACUUCCCGGCUGGCGAGACUCCCGUCAGAAGUACAGCCAAUGCACACGCUGCUGCCACCAAGCGACCCUCCUCUGUCGACGAGAUCAAGCGAAAAUCCGUUGAUGCAGGGCGUGAACAGAAUUCCCCUCCCGUGGCUUCUGAACAGAGGUCCAGUGUCCCAGACAAGAUGGAUGGCGUUCGAUAUCGCUUUGAAGAUCGCAUCGGCAAGAAGGCUGCGGAUGCAAAGCCAGUGGACGAGGAUAUCGAGAUGGAGGAUGUUGCGCCUGAUUACGAACCCGAGCUUGAGGCUCCCGCGCCCCUGAACGGCACUUCCGGAUUGCAGCCUCCCUCGAACCUCAACGCGUUUCCUGCUCAAGAUCAGUCAUCCAGAGCAUCAUCGGAUACUCCCUCCCAUAGGACCGAUCCAAAAGCCAAGACCCCCGCUUCGAGAGACGCAACACCAGCCUCCGAAGCUUCAAAAUCCAACAGCGGCGCUUCAAGCGCCGUACCGCGUCCUGAGCAGCAGAACAAGCCGCCGCCAAAGAUGGUCAAGAAGAGGCCGGCUGCUCCAAGCAUGUUUAUGCCGAAGAAGAAACCCGGACAGAGAUAAAGUUAGCCUGACAGAUAAGAGCAUCACGAAGCUGGGCAGGAGGAUGCCAGGAUCCGCUAUGUAGAGUAAGUAGAGCAUUGCGGCCCAGGCGAAUGUAGGUCGGGCCAGCAGGUUCGUCGAGUCGACAUUGAGCAGGCCUUUGUACUGAACACUGACGAGGCGACUGGAAUCCUGAUGGGCUCUGUCACAAUGCAAGUAAAGAAGGUGCAUCUCUGACAACUCUCUCACAGGCCCGCUCAGAGGAUGUCUUCCCGUUGGACAUGGCUGCUUCGUGGACGAUCCUUGGUGCUACAGUACACGCGCUCUCGUGGCAAGGGAAGUUCGGAAGCAGAAAAACGGUGCUACCCGUCUGGACUCUGAUGCGUGUCGUUGCGAUUGGCCUUGCCAUUCAAAAGAGUUUAAGCCAGAAUAGGCCAAUGCGGGCAUCUACUGCCCUCUCCCUUGAGUGAAGUUGAGCCUGUGCAUCAUGAACAGUGCUUCAGCGUGUAGGACAAACUUGCAAAAAAGGUCGCCGAUUCCUGCUUCCGAUUACAGCAGCAG